AUGUCGGUGUUAGAAUUGAAGCCCCUCGUAAAAACGAAGGUCAUAGAAGUUCCAAAGGUUCCAAUUGCAUUGCUGUCACGAAGGAGGAAAGAGAAGGAAAGCGAGCGAACGAGCGACAAGCGCACCACGUACGUACGUGAGCACAGUUAUCACGCGGCGGCCGGCGUGCCGCGUUGCACGGGGUCGACUGAUCGAGGAGGCAGAAGUGGAGGUGGUGCUGAUGGUGGUGGCGGCGGCGGUGGUGGCUAUGCUGAUGGUGGAGGUGGUGGUGCUGCUGCUGGUGGUGGUGGCGGCGGUGGCGGUGGCGGUGGCGGUGGCGCACGGCUCGCGCAUAAGCCGCGCGCUCAUAUCUACGAGCGACCCAAUCUUCAAACGUUGUCCUAG